AUGCCACCAAAAUCGCAUACCAAAUCAAAAAAUUCAGUUGAGCAGGAGGGGAGGAUGCUCCUUGCAAUAUCUGCUUUAAACAAUAAUGAAAUAUCCAAUAUUCGUGAAGCAGCACGUGUUUAUAAUGUGCCACGCUCUACUCUCCAAGACCGGCUACGCGGAAAGACAUAUCGGGAUGAGACACGCGCAAAUAAUCAUAAAAUGACUCAAAAUGAAGAGGAAUCGCUUGUACAAUGGAUACUAUCACUUGAUCGACGUGGAGCAGCUCCCCGACCAGCUCAUAUUCAGGAAAUGGCUAAUAUUCUACUCUCAAAGCGGGGCCAUACAACUACAACAACUGUUGGAGAUAAAUGGGUCUAUAACUUUAUCAAACGCCAUGACAUGCUUAAAUCCCGAUUUUCCCGACGCUAUAACUACCAACGUGCUGAGUGUGAAGACCCCAAAAUCAUCAAGGAGUGGUUUGAUCGGGUGCAAAUUACUAUCAUGCAACAUGGGAUUGCGCUUGAAGAUAUCUACAACUUUGAUGAGACAGGAUAUGCAAUGGGCCUUAUAGCUACUGCUAAAGUAGUUACCAGAGCAGAGAUGACUGGCCGGCCCUUUCUUGUACAGCCAGGAAACCGGGAAUGGGUUACAUCUAUCGAGUGUAUCAACUCUACAGGAUGGGCUCUACCACCAUGCAUUAUCUUCAAAGGGAAGGUCCAUAUUGAGGGAUGGUAUCAAGAUGAGGCCUUGCCAAAGGACUGGAGGAUUGAAGUCAGUGAUAACGGAUGGACAACUGAUCAAAUCGGACUACAAUGGCUUCGAAAUACCUUUAUUCCAGCUACAAAUGGCCGUAUGACUGGAAAAUACCGCCUCCUGAUUCUUGAUGGCCAUGGAAGUCAUUUAACACCUCAAUUUGAUGAAAUAUGCAAUCAAAAUGAUAUUAUACCAAUCUGCAUGCCAGCACAUUCAUCGCACCUUCUACAACCUCUUGAUGUGGGCUGUUUCGCGCCUUUGAAGAAGGCAUAUGGCCGUUUGGUUGAGAAUAAGGCACGGCGCAACUUCAACCAUAUUGACAAACUUGACUUUCUUGAGGCCUAUCCACAAGCCCGUACAGAAGUCUUUAAGACUGAGAAUAUCAAAAACAGCUUUGCAGCAGCUGGAUUGGUCCCAUUUAAUCCAGAACGAGUGCUUGAGAAGCUUAAUAUACAGCUUAAGACUCCUACACCACCAGGCAGCCGAUCUACCGAUUCAGCACCUAAAACACCCCACAAUCUCAAGCAACUAGAGAAGCAGGCAUCUACAAUCAAGAAGCUUCUAGGGCAGCGUACAGAGAGUCCUCCGAGCCCAGUAAAUGAUGCAAUAAACCGGCUUGUCAAAGGAUGUGAAAUCCACAUGAAUACCGCAAUCCUUCUCACCAAAGAAGUCCAGGAUUUACAAGCUGCACAUGAGAAAAAGCGGCAACAAAAGAAGCGAUCCAAGCGACAGAUAGCUCAUACAGGUGGCCUGUCUAUCCAAGAAGGCAUAGACCUUAUGCAGCGGAGGAAUGAGGCCCAGGAAGCUGAAGAUACUAUACAGAUGGAGACUGUAACGGGCUAG